CGAGCCAUCGCCAUGGCGACGAAUUUUAACGACAUCAUCAAGCAGGGCUAUGUGAGGAUGAAGAGCAAGAAGCUGGGGAUCUACCGGCGGUGCUGGCUGGUCUUCCGCAAAUCCUCCAGCAAAGGGCCCCAGCGCUUAGAGAAAUACCCGGAUGAGAAGUCGGCGUGCCUGCGGGGGUGCCCCAAGGUCACCGAGAUCAGCAAUGUCAAGUGCAUCACGCGGCUGCCAAAGGAGACCAAGAGACAGGCGGUGGCCAUCAUUUUUACAGACGACUCCGCCCGGACCUUCACCUGCGACUCAGAGCUGGAGGCGGAGGAGUGGUACAAGACGCUGUCGGUGGAGUGCCUGGGCGCCCGCCUGAACGACAUCAGCCUGGGGGAGCCCGACCUGCUGGCGCCCGGCGUGCAGUGCGAGCAGACGGACCGGUUCAACGUGUUCCUCCUCCCCUGCCCCAACCUGGACGUUUAUGGCGAGUGCAAGCUGCAGAUCACCCACGAAAACAUCUACCUCUGGGACACGCACAACCCCCGGGUGAAGCUGGUCUCCUGGCCCCUCUGCUCCCUGCGCCGCUACGGCCGCGACGCCACCCGCUUCACCUUCGAGGCUGGACGGAUGUGUGAUGCAGGAGAAGGUCUCUACACCUUCCAGACCCAGGAGGGUGAGCAGAUCUACCAGCGUGUGCACAGUGCCACAUUGGCCAUCGCUGAGCAGCACAAGAGGGUCCUGCUGGAGAUGGAGAAGAACGUCAGGCUGCUGAACAAGGGCACUGAGCACUUCUCCUACCCCUGCACCCCCACGACCAUGCUGCCCCGCAGCGCCUACUGGCACCACAUCACUGGCUCCCAGAAUAUGGCCGAGUCCUCCAGCUAUGCUGGGGAGGUGUAUGCAGGUGCCCAGGCCAGCUCGGACACCGACCUCCUCAACAAGUUCAUCUUGCUGAAGCCAAAGUCCUCCAAAAGUGACAAGCCUGAAAGCAGGGAGCCCACAUCGUCCCCGUGAGCUGGUGUGGGGGGACUGUGUCAGGGGGUCCCCUUUUUCUUCUCCAAGGGGUGACAAGGAUGCAGGCAGUCACCCCUCAGAACCUCCAGGAGACCGAGCUGGGGCACCUCGGUGCCAAGACCUUAGGAAGCAGGCACUGGCUCACGUCCUGGUCUGGCAUUAGUGGAGGUGAUGGCUGGCUCAGCCUCAACUGACUUCAAAUAUAUAUUGAAUAUCCGUAUUGUAAGAGGUAUUUCCUUCUCACAUGAAUGCAAAUGUGGUGGCUGCUGAAGAGCCCUUGGGCGGAUGCCUAGAGGUUUUUGACUCUU